CCGUACAUGAUGGUCAAGAAGCCAGAUGAGCAAGCGAAAGGCAGUCACGAACAGUACGAGGGAUUUUGCGUGGAUCUGCUCCGAGAAAUGUCACGCAUCCUCGGAUUUCGCUAUGAACUGAGACUGGUGCGUGACGGAUCCUAUGGUUCUCGAACUACAAGGAAUGAUGGAGACCACUGGAACGGAAUGGUUCGGGAGCUUAUGGACAGGGAAGCCGAUAUGGCAGUUGCAGACUUUACAAUCACAUACGAGAGGGAGCAAGUCGUGGAUUUCACAAUGCCUUUCAUGAAUCUAGGUAUCAGCAUCUUGUUUCGGAGACCUAUUCGAAAGGUUCCCAAACUCUUCUGGUUUCUCCGUCCUUUAAGUCUGGAAGUCUGGAUGUACAUGGCUACUGCCUACAUGGGAGUGAGUCUUCUUCUGUAUGUGGUUUCAAGAUUCAGUCCUUACGAAUGGCCACCACCUCACCCAUGCGAAGCUGUUCAAGUUCAUGCCUGCCGGAAUUGUUUUUCACUUCAGAACAGCCUCUGGUUUACAGUCGGAUCUCUCAUGAGACAAAGUUCUGAACUAACACCAAGGUAACUUUGUUCAAGAGUGGUGGUGAUAGUAGAGUGGUAUUUUACCGAUAUACCAGUGUUCAGCUACUUAACCCCUCGGCUGUCGGUAUUUAUAAACAUGAUCCGAUUCAUUAGCUGCAUUAGCAUCGAUGACCUCGCCAAACAGACGAAGAUACAAUACGGAUGUGUGGCGUCGGGGUCAACGAAAUCCUUUUUCAAGAAUUCACAAAUACCAGUGUACCAGAAAAUGUGGUCUUUCAUGGAGUCGGCCCGACCUUCUGUGUUCACCCAGUCAAACAGAGAAGGCGUGCAAAGAGUGCUUCAGGGAGACUAUGCUUUCCUCAUGGAAUCAACAUCUAUUGAAUAUGAAACUCAGAGAAAUUGUGAGCUCACGCAAAUAGGGGGCCUUCUUGACACAAAAGGAUACGGGAUUGCAACGCCACAAGGUUCUCCGUAUACGACUCCAUUCUCCAGCGUUAUAUUAAGGCUGCAAGAAGAUGGUGUUUUACAUGCUCUGAAAGAACGU